UUGAAAAAAAUAAACAUUACUCAGAAGCUAAUGAGAAGCCAGAAGUUACUCAGUGAACUUGGGAGGGAAUAAAUGAUCUUAAAAGAUUACUAAAUCAAGAAAAUCUCCUACAUUAAUCACCUCUUUUAAUACAUGGCUGUGACUGCUACUCGGGUGAUCCCUCUUAAUUUACCAUUGCUAACUCUCGUUUUGGGCACUGGUGGCACCUUCCAGUAUGGUCUGCACAUCUCCAUUAUCAACUCGCCCUCUAAUUAUAUUCAGAGAUUCAUCAACAGCACAUGGGAGCAGAGACAUGGGUCGGUUCUCCAUCCAGACACUGUCAUGCUGCUCUGGUCCCUCAUUGUGGCUGUAUACAGUAUUGGUGGACUACUGGGGUCUCUUAUAGUUGGACAACUCGCAGUGACAUUUGGAAGAAAGAAAACACAACUAUAUAAUAAUGUAGUUGCAUUGGUGGGUGCUGCCUUCAUGUGUACAAGCCGAAGAUUCCAGUCAUUUGAGAUGAUUAUACUGGGAAGAUUUAUUUAUGGAAUAAAUGCAGGUGUGAGUUUAAAUCUUCAUACGAUGUACAUUGGGGAAUGCGCCCCUCAGAGUAAGCGUGGAAUGAUCACAGUGUCUGUGUCUUUUGCCAUUGCCACUGGAAGAUUAAUGGGUUUCGUGCUAGGGCUCAGAGAAAUUAUGGGUACAGAGGAGUUGUGGCCCUAUCUUCUAUCAAUCAGUGCUGUUCCUGCCUUCAUUCAGUUGGUGACAUUGCCAUUUUUCCCAGAGUCGCCCAGAUACCUUCUUAUUGAGAAAGGUGACAAAGAUGGUUGCAUUAAAGCUAUGCAACAGCUGUGGGGUCCAGGAGAACACAGUGCAGAGAUGGAAGGCAUGCUGGCUGAGAAGAAAGCAUUUGGAGAGCAGAUCAAAGGUGUGAAGGAUCUCCUUACAGAUAGAUCGGUGCGCUGGCAGAUGAUCUCUCUUAUUCUAAUCUGUGGAGCUAUGCAGCUUAUCGGCAUUAAUGCGGUGUACUUUUAUGCAUAUAAUGUCUUCCAAAAUGCAGGAAUUCCAGCUAAGGAAGUACCAUAUGUGUCACUUGGGAUUGGAAUUAUAGAGAUUCUUACAACUGUGCUCUGUGGUUUUCUCAUUGAUCGUCUGGGCAGGAAAUCCCUUCUGUGGGUGAACUAUUCUAUUCUGGCUCUGACUCUAACCUUGCUUACUGUCACUCUAUUUCUCCAGGAUUGGACUUACUGGAUGCCAUAUUGCAGCGCAUUGUUCAUUUUCUUGUUCAUCUUUUUCUUUGGUGUUGGUCCAGGAACGCUGACGAUGGUAAUAGUUAUUGAAAUGAGUAAUCACUUCACUCGAGCUGCACUGUUUGUGAUCAUUUUCUGUUUGAACUGGAUUAAUUUCUAUUUAAUUGGGAUGGCCUUUCCCUACAUACAGGAUGCUCUGGGCAAUUUCUGUUUUCUCAUCUUCCUUUUCACUAUUGUGACCGCUGGAACCUUCCUCUUCUUUGUCCUUCCUGAGACAAAGGGAAAAACUUCCCAGCAAAUCAAUUUGGAAUUCAACAGACUGAACUUCAGAGGCCAAAAAACACACAAAUUAAUAGAGCGUUCCACCAGUUUAUUGGAUUAUAUAAUGGUAGACCAUGAGUCGUUGGAAGAUGUAGUUAAAACAUCAAUAGGGGUAACCACAAUCUCAGAUCACGCUCCGGUAAUAGUGAAAAUAAGAUUCAAAGAGAUAGAGCAAAGAAAAGGAACGUGGAAUUUAAACAAAGAACUCAUAGAGGACACAGAGAGUGUCUUUAACACUGCGAUUUAUUCAGGUAACAAGCAGGACCUUUUAUCUCUUUGCCAUUGGUUGAUAGAAAAUUUGGGCUGUAACAAGGGGGAAAUAAACUGCCGGCUUUCUCAUAGAAGAAAAAUUCCUAGAAGCACAGAUUCCAUGAUGUCCUUAUCUUCAGAGCUGGUACACUACAAGGGCCUGUUCCUGAUGGUGUUUGUUCUAGGAAUUGGAAGUACAUUUCAGUAUGGCUACCACAUGUCUGUGCUGAAUUCUCCAUCGCCAUUCAUCAAGCAAUACAUCAAUGACACAUGGUCGAGAAGAUUCAAGACUGAGAUCAGUGAUGGGACACUUACAUUCAUUUGGUCUUGGGUGGUAUCCAUAUUCAGUAUUGGGGGUCUCAUAGGUUCAACUGCAUCUGCAUACCUGACCGGAAGGUUUGGAAAGAAGAAGUGUCAGCUGGUCAAUUCAAUACUGCCCAUUGCCAGUGCUCUGCUUGUAGGCCUUAGCCAAGUAACUGGUUACUUUGAAAUGGUUUUGGUUGGUCGUUUCCUUUGUGGCUUUUGUUCAGGUCUGGGAAUUAAUAUUCAUGCUCAGUACGCGGGAGAGACUGCCCCCCGGAAACUGCGUGGUUUCAUCAAUGCCUCUGGGCCCAUGUUCGUAACUUUGGGAAAAUUGUGUGGCCAGAUUGUUGGAAUCAGAGAGAUAUUUGGGACAGAAUUCCUGUGGCCUCAGGUUCUGCUGUUGAGUGGCAUUAUAUCCUUUGUUCAGCUGGUUACCCUGCCCUUCUUUCCAGAAUCCCCAAUCUACCUACUAUUUGAGAAGGAUGACAAGGAAGCCUGUCAGAAAGCACUUAAACAGCUGUGGGGAGACAGAGAUCAUCAAGCAGCCAUUGAAGAAAUGUUAAAGGAAAAAACUACCAAAGGGAAAGGUGGAAGGAUGGGUGUCCUGGAGCUGUUACGUGACCCAUCUCAUCGCUGGCAACUGUGUGCUAUGAUUGGCAUGAUUCUUAGCUUGCAACUUAGUGGAGCCAGUGCAAUUUAUUUCUACUCAUAUGAUGUAUUUCUUAACGCUGGUUUUCCUGAAGACCGGAUUGCUUAUGUCUCUUUGGGAGUUGGUAGCUUUGAGUUUGUCUCAGCCAUGAUCUGUAGCCUACUUAUUGAUCGCUUUGGAAGGAAAAUUUUAAUACUUGGAGGCUAUAGCCUUAUGGCUUUGACCUUGGCACUCCUAACAGUGACUCUCUCUAUGCAGAAAGCAUAUUUUUGGAUGCCAUACUGCAGUGUUGGACUAACCUUUACAUUUAUUUUCCUCUAUGGAGCUGGACCAGCUGGAGCUACCAUAUCUACCUGUGUAGAAAUCUUCGGACCGGCUCCCCGGGUUCCGGCCUUUGUUGUCUCAGGAGUUUUUAGUUGGGUUGGGCUCUACAUCCUAGGGAUGAUUUUCCCAUAUAUUGUGGAGAGUCUCCAACAUUUCUGCUUCAUCCUCUUCAUAGUCGUUAUCUUUCUUUUUGGAACUCUAAUAUUCUUUGUCAUUCCUGAAACCAAAGGAAAAACAAUUAUUGAAAUUUCACAGGAGUUUAACAAGCUGAAUUUCAGAAGGCAACACAAAGAGGACAAGGCAAGCACAAGUCUCGAGAUUGUCCAAUGUACCAGACUGUGACCAAAAAAAAAUUCAGCAAGAUGGGUGCUAAACACAUA